AUGGAGGAGUUUGCUCUUUGGUCGGGUUUAAGGAUGAACAAGUCAAAGACAGAGCUGUACACUGCUGGUCUGAACAACGCUGAAACCUUGGAGAUCUCCCGGCUUGGGUUCACUAUGGGUUCAAUGCCUAUCCGAUACCUAGGUCUCCCGCUGAUGUACAAAAAGCUCAGGCUCACUGACUACAGGCCGUUAAUCGAUAGGAUAUCAUCAAACUUCAACAGCUGGUCGGCCAAAGCCCUCUCGUUUGCAGGGAGAAGACGGCUCCUGUCCUCUGUUAUCUAUGGCUCCAUCAACUUCUGGACUACAGCUUUUAUUCUCCCUAAAAACUGUAUUAAGAAGGUGGAAUCCCUGUGCUCUCAGUUUCUUUGGGGUGGCACAGAAACGAAGAAAAGCAUUGCUAAAGUGGCCUGGAAGACUCUCAAGCUGAUUUGGAGGCUAUUCACAGCUAAGGACUCUCUUUGGGCAUCUUGGGUGAAGGAGUACAGAAUCAAAGGUGAAAACUUCUGGGCUUUGGAUGUCACCAAAUGCACAUCAUCUUCAUGGCGCUCUCUCCUCUCCCUGCGAGGGCUUGCUGCUCGUUUCCUGAAGGCAAAACUGGGUAAAUGUCAGCAAUUAAGCUUCUGGUAUGAUCAGUGGACGCCUCUUGGACCCCUUAUAAAUCGCUUUGGUACGCUAGGCCCGAGGGAAUUGCAGAUUCCAGUGGUAGCUUCUGUUGCGCAGGCCUGCAAUAACGAUGGUUGGCUUAUCAGAGGGGCCCGGUCUCCGGCUGCUGAAGAGCUCCAUACGUACCUUACCACCAUUCUUCUCCCUUCGCUGAGUACUAUAGAUGACACCUAUGUGUGGGAGAUAGAUGGCAAUGAAUUGCAAAACGUUUCCACGAGUGAGACUUUGAGCAUGGUAAGAAACAGAGCUUUGGAGCAGAGAUGGACUCAAAACAUUUGGUUCAAAGGCCACAUUCCUAGGCAUGCUUUCACUGCCUGGGUAGCGCAUCAGGAUCGAUUACCUACAAGAUCGCGACUAGUCGAUUGGGGUAUGAAUAUCCCAUCCUCUGUUGUUGUCUCUGUAGUAUUGAAAUCGAAGCAGAGACCACCUAUUCCUUCAGUAGGAUUUCACACCUGGACUGGUUUCUCAGAAUGGAUGGGAAUACGAGAUUCGGUAGUGAGCUUAACGCUCAAGCGUGCUGUUGCUCAGGUCACCAUAUCAAGCUUAUGGACAGAGAGAAACAAGAGACUACAUGAUGGAGUCUCUCAAACGCCAUCGAUAAUCUUCAAGAUAAUUGAUCAUAUCAUCAGAAACGCGAUCCUCGGCAGAAGGAACACAGAUCUAUUCCAGCCUUUGAUGCAGGAAUGGCUCAGAUAUGAGUAG